UGACGUUUUGUAACCCUCUAAUUUACAGAGUUUAGAUUUAUUUUUGUUGGUUGUCUCUGUGUCUUCAUACUACGUUUAUUUCGUGAAUGUUAUGUACAAUCUGAUAAUUUAAUGGAAACAAGAGAAAAAUCAUUGGAAAGUGAAGGUGGUGUUUGCAGUGGAGACAGUGAUGUAACUGCUGUCAAAAAUGUGAAUCCAGGCCCUAUGGGAAUAGAUAUGGCAGAGGUUUUGACGGAUGCAGGCAUUUACUCCUAUGCGGCGAUAUGUGCCUUAUCGUUACAUGAACUUUUUGACAAUUGGUGGGAUCAGGCAUUUAAUCAUAAAUGCAUGAAAACCAUACUGGAACACUUGAAACUUCCGAAACAGGUAGAAUCUGUGAUGAUAUUAAUGAUUGAGGGGAAAUGCAGUCAAAAAGCAGAUGCAUAUGUGGACCUGCUUCUUAAUGAAGAACGAUUACAUGGAAAUGCCCUGCCAGUUGUUCAAGAUCUUAUCGUGCUUGCAGUUAGGGGAGGGGAAUACGAUGCAAGGAUGCGUGUUCUUAUUCGUCAUGUUGCUGCUGAGCUUAUGGUUCCCCAACAGAUUGUUGAUGAGUGUGAGGAAGCUGUUGUCGAGUGCUUUACUGAAGAGUUCAGAGGAAUGUCUGAGGAACAGGUGGAAGAAGCAAAACAACGACAUCAGAGUAAGAAAUAUAAACGUUACAUGAUGAUAGGCUUGGCAACAAUUGGUGGUGGUACACUACUUGGAUUGAGUGGAGGUCUGGCAGCACCACUUAUUGGAGCAGGUGUUGGAACAAUUCUUGGGGGUGCAAGUGCGGCAGCCAUUGGGUCAGCAGCAGGGGCAGCUGUCAUUGGGUCUCUUUUUGGACUAGCAGGAGCAGGACUUACAGGUUUCAAGAUGAAAAAACGAGUAGGUGAAAUAGAAGAAUUUGCGUUUGGUGUCUUACCUCCAACAAGUGAAUCUGAAACACAGGUCAGACAACUUCAUAUUACCAUAGCGAUAUCUGGAUGGCUGACAGAUUUAGAAUCUGACAACUUCACUCGGCCAUGGCAAUCCUUGUUUUGCUCUCGAGAGCAAUAUUAUCUCAGAUAUGAAUCAUCAUACCUGCUGGAGCUGGGUCAGGCCUUAGAUUACAUCCUCAGUUUUGCUGUUUCAAUGGCAGCACAAGAAGCCCUCAAAUACACAGUACUCUCUGGUAUUAUAACAGCAAUUACGUGGCCAGCAUCAUUAGUGACUUUGGCAUCAGUUAUUGACAAUCCAUGGGGUGUGUGUUGCCGGCGCUCUGCUGAAGUGGGCAAACAACUGGCCGAAGUGCUGCUAUCACAUGAACAAGGCCAGAGGCCUGUCACACUAAUUGGAUACAGUCUGGGAGCCAGAGUUAUAUAUUAUUGUCUUCGGGAAAUGUCCGGGAGAAAAGGAUGUGAAGGAAUUGUGCAGGAUGCCAUAAUGCUUGGAACACCAGCAACAGACAAUCCAAAAGAAUGGAAGAAACUGUCAAGAGUAGUUUCAGGGAAAAUUAUAAAUGGGUACUGCAAGACAGACUGGCUGCUGAAGUUUUUGUAUAGAACUUUUGCAGUUUUUAACAGUGUUGCGGGGCUGAAACCUAUUGAGUGUGAUGAUAGAAGAAUACAAAAUUUUGAUUUAACAGAUAUUGUUGGAGGGCACAGAGACUAUCCAGACAAACUAGAUGCAAUUCUGAAAGCCAUAGGCAUUCGUACAAAGGAAGUGGAUCCAGACACAGUCUCUGCAUUAAAGAAAUCUUCAUCUGAAAUUGCAUACGGCCCUACGACAAAGGUAUCACUAUCAAGCCUGAGAUCCUCAAAGUCUGAAAAUGCACUCCAAAUCGAAAAUCCAGAGGAUGUUUCUUCUGUGUUGGGAAAUGCAGCUGCCAAGUGUUCAUUCUGUUCAGAAGCAACUGAGGAUUAUGUAGAAGGUACUGAAGAUAAUCAGGAGAUGCCAGUAAAUGAAUCAUCACAGGUGGAGAGUAUGUCACAUUCUGCUCCAACUACAGCUGCUGCCCAGUGUGAACUUCCAACUGAACAACAUGUAGGUGAAUUAUCUAAGGAAUUCCCAGAGCGUGCAUCAGAUAACAAGGAAUUCCCAGAUCCUACAUCAGGCAACAAAUGUGAGGCUGGGAAGAAAACAGAAGGAGAACACAGUCGUGCUGCUACACAGUAAAAAAUAAAAAUUGAUGGAAAAUAAACAGGCUGAAUUUGGAUGUGAUAAUUAAAAUGCAACCAGCUUACAUUGAGGAAAUGUCACAUAGCAGCAUGAUACUGCAGGCACAAGAAACACAGAGAAUACAGUGCAUUUAAUUUUUAAUAAGUUAUAUUACCUCAAUUUUGAGUAUGUAAAUUUCUUGGCCAUAAAUAAUGUAUUAAGUGUAUAUAAUAUUAUUGUUGAAACAGUUAACAGAUA